AUGGCCUCUGCUCAUGUCGAGGAUAAAUCGGCGACCCCCAGUAACUACCUAGAGGAGGUUCUGGAGGAAGCCAAUCAUGCCACGCAACGAGAACACGAACUCACCCUUCUGCCAUCCCUCCGGCUGUACCCCAAGGCAAUUGCAUGGUCGAUGUUUUUGUCUCUAGCGAUCAUCAUGGAAGGGUACGACACGAAGCUCAUGGGCACCUUUCUCGCCGCGCCCGCCUUCCAGAAAAGGUACGGGCAUCAGUACAAACCGGGCAAAUAUCAAAUCACAGCCGCCUGGCAGGCUGGUCUCAACAACGGUUCUUCGGUCGGGUCGAUCAUUGGCCUCCUCCUGAACGGUUACGUGUCCGAACGCUUCGGAUUCCGUAAGACGAUGCUGGCGUCGCUCGCCCUAAUCACCGUCCUGAUUUUCAUUCCGUUCUUUGCUCCCAGUAUCGAGGUGCUGCAGGUCGGCCAGGUUUUAAUGGGUAUCCCCUGGGGUGUCUUCCAGACACUGACCACCUCAUACGCCGCCGAAGUGGCCCCUACCCAUCUCCGCGCCUAUCUGACCACCUACGUCAACCUGUGCUGGGUUCUAGGACAACUCCUUGCCUCCGGCGUUCUACGAGCCGUACUCAAUCGGACGGACGAGUGGGCCUAUCGGAUUCCCUUCGCCCUGCAAUGGGUGUGGCCCAUUCCGUUGAUGAUCGGAAUUGCCUUUGCCCCUGAAUCACCUUGGUGGCUUGUCCGCAAGAACAGAUUGGAUGAAGCCAAGGCGGCACUUCUUCGUUUAACAUCGCCAAAUCGAAUCGAGUUUGAUGUGGACGAGGCAGUUGCACUGAUGGUGGUUACAACAGAAAACGAGCGGGAAGCCGGGACCGGAGUCCGCUAUCUGGAUUGCUUCCGCGGGGUCGAUCGCCGCCGCACUAUCAUUGCUUGUUGUGUCUGGUGUGUUCAGAUUUUAUCUGGAACGGGGCUACGCAUCUAUUCAACGUACUUCUACCAGCAAGCGGGACUCCCGACAGCCUCUGCCUUCAAUAUGACGAUCGUACAGUAUGCUCUCGGUAUUGUCGGCGUGUUCAUUGCCUGGGCGAUGCUCCCACGGUUUGGCCGACGAACUCUUUACCUGUGGGGAUUGGUUAUUUUGGCUGUGACCUUGCUGGUAAUCGGUGGACUAGGCGUCGCCGAGGACUUUUCCAACAGCAGCCAGAAGAUUCAACUAGCCUGGGCCGUCGGCUCUUUGCUAUUGGUCUACGCGUUCUUUUACGAUGUCACCAUCGGCCCCGUUUGCUACUCACUAGUAGCUGAGAUCCCGUCUGUCCAGCUGCGCACUAAAUCGGUUGUGCUGGCGCGUGCGUCAUACAAUAUCCUCAAUAUCAUCAGCAACAUCAUUACCCCCUAUAUGCUGAACCCGUCGGCAUGGAACUGGGGCGCAAAAGCGGGGUUUUUCUACGGCGGAACAUGCCUCUUGUCUGUUAUAUAUACCUAUUUCUGCAUUCCUGAACCUAUCGGCCGGACCUAUGGGGAGCUCAACGUCCUGUUUCGGCAAAAGGUCUCAGCCAGAAAGUUCGCUACGACUCAGGUUACCCUUCCCGAUGCCAGGGAGUUGCCCACUGAACCGAAGAACGAGUAA